CUCCACCGACACCAGUCCCUGCUGCUUGCGCCGCGAGGCCGACCCUCCCUGGAUCUCGCCGAGCGCUUGGUCCCUGUCGCCGCUGUUCCCCCUGGACUUGAUGCGCUGCCGCCAGCGGCUGACCAAAGAGGUCACCUUGACGGUCAGCCAAGGCGGGCAGCUGCGCCUUUCCAGCGAGUACCUCCAGCCGCCGGGCAGCCUACGGGUGCGGCUGGUGAGCGCGGAAGGCUUCUACUCGCCGCAGGGCAGCCUUCGCCACAUCCACUGCUGCGUGGUCCUGCAGCUGCGCCCCGGCCCGGGUCAAAGGCAGCGCAGCGCCAUCAUCAAGAGGACCCGCAACCCCAUCUUCAACGAGGACUUCUUCUUCGACGGGGUGUCCCCGGAGGAGCUCCCGCGGCGCAGCCUGAGGAUGAAAGUGCUGAACAAAUCGUGCAGCCUGCGGCGCGACGUCGUGUUGGGGGAGUGCGACGUCCCGCUGGAUUCUCUUCUGCCCUGAAUGGGGGGCGCUUGGCCGAGAAGGACUGGGGGUGGUAUAGAUGUCCUCGCGGAGGGCAGGAGGGCCAACCAUCUCUGUAAAUGGAGGUUAACCUUCAUCCCUCAUGACGGAGAGGCUAAGAAGUGACUUCUGCCCACAGGGUCUACACUUUGACGUAGGCGGUCCUUGACGUACGUCCACUCACUUAGCAACCGUUCAAUGUUAUGAUGGUGCUUUAAAAAAGAGACUUGGGGCCAAUCCUCGCACUUACGACCGGCACAGCCUCCCCAAGGUGACAUGAUUAGAAUUAGGACACUUGGCAAGAAGGACAGUUGCAGGGGUCACAUGAUCCCCUGCGAAGUCAAUAGAUUCAGGACAUGGGGCCCGAUUCGCUUAAGGGCAUGAUUCACUUAACGACCGCGGGUAAGGAAAGUCCUAAAACCAGGCACAACAAUCUCCUCCAUUACAUCCCCGGCUCAACGAGAGGCAUUAAGUUGAGGAGUACCUGUGCGCUCAAUGCAGGCAACGGCCACCAGAGGGAGCUCUGCCGCCCUGGGUGUCACUGCCACCUUGACGCCGACGGUGGUAUAGCAGGAAUCGGUUGAUGAUAGAAGCAAUGCAAUUCCAUCCGGUUUUUCAUUCGACCCAUAUCUGCUUUGGAAUUGUCCGCACCCCAUCAUUGGUGGGGCAGCCCCCCCACAUUUGAGGAGAAUCCCAGAAUUGUGGUGUUGCAGCCGAAUGAUGGAUGUUUCGCACACGACCCAGCCUUGCAAGGGGUUGAACUGGCAUUAAACCAGGGGUUGGACUAGAUGGCCUCAGCAUAUCCCAAGCCUCUUAAUUCUCUUAAUUGUUGCUCUUCUCCGAGAGAGCAGCUGGCUAGAAAGCUGAGCCAGCCGCUCCCUUUUCAGAAAUCCCUUUGUCUUCAUUUCACACAACGUUGUUUUAGGUGUGCGUUGUGUUUAAAGUCACAAAAUUGCCGUUACGGGCUGUAUUAAAAAUAUAAAAGUAUAAAGUGUGUUUUUUUUU